AUGUCCUGCCAGCAGAACCAGCAGCAGUGCCAGCCCCCUCCCAAGUGCCCACCAAAGUGCCUCCAAAAAUGUCCACCUAAGUGUCCCCCAAAGUGCCCGCCCCAGUGCCCAGCCCCAUGUCCCCCUCCAGUCUCCUCCUGCUGUGGCCCCAGCUCUGGGGGCUGCUGCAGCUCUGGGGGUGGCGGCUGCUGCCUGAGCCACCACAGGCCCCAUCUAUUCCACCGGCGCAGGCACCAGAGCCCCGACUGCUGUGAGUGUGAGCCCUCGGGGGGUUCUGGCUGUUAUGGCGGCUCUGGGGGCAGCUGCUGA